GUAAUAUCUGUCAUUCCAAAAAGCAACUCAUCGUGAAAAUUUGUGAAUUUGAGGUGGCUUGUGUUUGUCAAUUUUGUUCACCUAAUUUUUAAAUAAAUUGAGCAAAAAUCUACGCGAAAAUUGGUUCACGAAACUGCUAGAAUUAUGACGCACGGAAACGAAAUGGAGGUGGACGAAAAGGUUCACAAAGGCGAGGGCUUCCGACAGUACUACAUCACCAAAAUUGAGGAACUGCAGCUCAUCGUGGCUGAGAAGAGCCAAAAUUUGCGGCGUCUGCAAGCUCAGAGAAAUGAAUUGAACGCCAAAGUCCGAAUGCUGCGAGAAGAGCUCCAGCUGCUUCAAGAGCAGGGAUCGUACGUUGGCGAGGUUGUCAAGCCCAUGGACAAGAAAAAGGUGCUUGUCAAAGUUCAUCCGGAGGGCAAGUUCGUAGUCGACCUUGACAAAAACAUUGACAUCAAUGAUGUGACGCCCAACUGCCGAGUGGCCCUUCGAAAUGAAAGCUACACCCUGCACAAAAUCCUCCCCAACAAAGUCGACCCCCUCGUCUCACUCAUGAUGGUGGAGAAAGUUCCAGACAGCACUUAUGAGAUGGUUGGAGGACUGGACAAGCAAAUAAAGGAAAUCAAGGAGGUCAUCGAGCUCCCUGUCAAGCAUCCCGAGUUGUUCGAUGCCCUUGGCAUUGCCCAGCCCAAGGGUGUACUUCUCUAUGGACCUCCUGGAACUGGCAAAACACUGUUGGCUCGUGCUGUUGCCCACCACACCGAGUGCACAUUCAUUCGUGUUUCUGGCUCGGAACUUGUCCAAAAGUUCAUUGGAGAAGGUUCCAGGAUGGUUCGAGAACUCUUCGUCAUGGCUCGAGAACAUGCUCCCUCUAUCAUCUUCAUGGAUGAAAUUGAUUCCAUCGGCUCAUCGAGAAUUGAGUCUGGUAGUGGUGGUGAUUCAGAAGUGCAGAGGACUAUGUUGGAGCUGCUGAAUCAGCUUGAUGGUUUUGAGGCCACCAAGAACAUCAAGGUCAUCAUGGCCACAAACAGAAUUGACAUCCUUGACCCUGCACUGCUCAGGCCUGGUCGCAUUGACAGGAAAAUUGAGUUCCCUCCUCCAAAUGAAGAAGCCAGAUUGGAUAUUUUGAAAAUUCACUCUAGAAAAAUGAACCUCACCCGUGGAAUUAAUCUGAGAAAAAUUGCUGAACUGAUGCCCGGUGCGUCGGGAGCAGAAGUCAAGGGUGUCUGUACCGAGGCUGGAAUGUAUGCUCUUAGGGAACGCCGUGUGCAUGUUACUCAAGAGGACUUUGAAAUGGCCGUGGCCAAGGUCAUGCAGAAGGACUCUGAGAAGAACAUGUCAAUUAAGAAGCUUUGGAAGUAAUUUAAGUUGGGUGGUCUAAAUUAGUAUUUUCUUUCCUUUAAAAUAAAAUUAAAUUUGUCGGUUCUAUCAAAAA